AAGAAGAAUAUAUAUAAAAGCUUGUGUAGAAAGAAAGAGAGGAAGAGUGAGUGGCGGAGGAGAGAGAAAAAAAAAAAAAAAAUUAUAAACCAUAAAAAGGAGAUUAAAAAUUAAAAAGGAGAGUGGUGAGAAAAAAAAAUCAAAUGGAGGUGGAUCAUAUUCAUCAUAGGAGUGUUAGACAAUAUUACUCCCUCUCUAGAACGCUGCUGCUAAUGCCCUUCUCUCUCCUCUUUUUCUCUCUCUUGCUGUGUGUCGACAUCAAUAUUGCAGAAGGUUUCAAUCUGACCACCACUACGUUUGGGGAAGGUUACAGCCCUCUGUUCAGCGACUUCAAUAUCCACCGAUCACCGGAUGACAAGAAAGUCAGUCUCCUCCUCAACCGCCAUUCAGGGUCUGGAUUUAUUUCGACCGAUUAUUACAACUAUGGUUUGUUCAGCGCGAACAUCAAGUUACCGUCCAAUUACUCCGCCGGCAUCGUUGUAGCCUUUUAUACAUCGAAUACAGAUUUUUUUGGACCGAAAGGGCACGAUGAAUUGGACAUUGAAUUCUUAGGUAACAGACAAGGAAUGCCAUGGAGGUUUCAGACGAAUUUUUAUGGAAAUGGAAGCACGAGUCGUGGGAGAGAAGAGAGGUACUAUCUGUGGUUUGAUCCAAGCAAGGAGUUUCAUAGAUACAGCAUUCUCUGGACCUCCAAGAACAUCAUAUUUUACGUAGAUGACGUUCCAAUAAGGGAGGUGGUUCACAGCGAGGAAAUGGGGAGCGACUACCCGGCAAAGCCGAUGUCACUCUACGCCACCAUCUGGGACGCCUCCAGCUGGGCCACGGACGGCGGCAAAUACCGAGUCAACUACGAGUACGAGCCCUUCGUCUCGGAGUUCAAGGACCUCGUCCUCCAAGGCUGCAAAAUCAACCCCAUCAUGCAAACCGUCUCUGCCGCAGGCUGCCGCGAGAACGCCUCCAAGCUGGAGGCCGCCAACUACGCCAACAUCACCCCGCGGCAGCGCUCCGCCAUGAAGCGGUUCCGGGAGAAGUACAUGUACUAUUCAUACUGCUACGACAGCGUCCGGUACCCGGUGCCCUUGCCGGAGUGUGUCAUUGUCCCGACAGAGAAGAAGCUGUUUAAGGUGACCGGGAGGCUGAAGAAGGCGUUGAGAAUUAAGUUUGGGAAGAAACCCCGGACCCACCUCCAGCGGAGGAGCGGCGGUUCGUCACGGCGUAGUCCGGUGAUUCCCGGCGGUGGUGGCGGUGGUGGCAGCGGUAGCUCGUCGCAGCUGAGACGGGUGGUUGUUUCCGGUGAUGGUGGCGGUGGUGGCGGUAGGCUGAAGGCGGAUAUUUGACUAGUGCAUGAAACGCGUAUAUAUAUGGUAUGGUUUGGUGUUGGUUCAGUUAUUUUGUUAAUUAUUAUUUUACGGAGACUUCAUGUAAUCAGAUUAUGAUAGUAUAUAAGAUAAUGAGUUUUCAGGUUUUACUGUUACAAA